AUGGAUGAAACCAAGUCGGACAAAUCCGACUCCAACUACGACCCCAUGGCACUGCCCGACCCCAUGGGGUUCCCUCGGAGUAGCUACGGUCAGUUAUAUAUAGUUUCGAUUAUAGGACGAGUAUGCACAGCACUCAAGCCUAUUGAGCCAGCUGGGGUCGGUGGUAAGCCCUCGUUUACCCACAGCGAAGACACGGCGGACCACGGUGACUCGUCGGGGUUGACCAGGGAAGAAUUGGAAUUUGUUCGAGAGUACCCGGAGGGCAAGAGAAAAAAGAUCCUUCGGAAAGUCGACCUACGACUGGUGCCAUGCCUGACCCUUCUAUACCUUCUAGCUUUCAUUGAUCGGGGCAACAUAGGAAACGCUAAGAUCGAGGGCCUUGUCGGUGAUAUUGGCCUUACCGACUCGGAGUACAGGACCUGUCUCAGCAUCUUUUAUGUACCAUACAUCCUGUUCGAGAUCCCAAGCAAUCACUACCUGAACAAGAUGCAGCGCCCAUCCAUCUACAUAGCCACCAUAGUGGUCGCCUGGGGCCUCGUCAUGACCUUUUGCGGUCUUGUGCAAAACUUCGGCGGCCUCCUGAUAAUCCGCAUCCUGCUGGGAGCCACAGAGUCCGGGUUCUUCCCGGGUGCAAUCCUCAUAAUUUCUAAAUGGUAUCUCCCAAACGAAACGCAAACCCGAAUCGCAGUGUUCUACACUGCGUCCGCCCUGGCCGGAGCAUUCAGUGGAAUGCUGGCUGCUGGGAUCGCGCAGAUGGACGGAGUCGGCGGGCUUCAGGGCUGGCGCUGGAUCUUUCUGCUCGAGGGAAUAUUUACUGUCAUUUUAGGACUAAUAACAUACUUCUGGCUGAUAGACACCCCAUCUGCAUCUGCUAGCUGGCUUGAACCAGACGAGAUCCGGUACCUCGAACUGCGACAGCGCGCAGACCCAUCCCGGCGAGCGGCCAGCCGCGAGACCAGUAGGUCUGACACGCGGAAAGCACUUGUCGCGGUUAUAACAGACUGGCAGAUCUGGAUGCACGGGAUUAUCUACUGGUCCAAUACCGUGCCGAAUAACGCCCUGAAGUUCACCAUGCCGCAAAUCGUGCGCAACAUGGGCUUCACAGCAACCCGGGCGCAGCUCCUGACCAUCCCUCCGUACUGCAUCGGCGCCUUAUCAGCCUUUCUCUCUUCUGUUUUUGCCGACCGCUUUAGCUGGCGUCUGCCAUUCAUCGUUGGGCCCCAGCUCAUCGUGAUCAUCGCCUACUCGGUGCUUGCUAGCAAAGCGGACAGUAACAACAUCGCGGCAUCCUACAUUGGUGUCUGUCUGGCCUGCCUUGGGCUGUACCCCAUCAACCCGUGCGGCAAUGCUUGGAACCUGAAUAAUCUAGCGGGCCCGACGAAACGCACGAUGGGGAUCGCAUUCAUGCUGUGCAUUGGCAAUAUAGGAGGCAUCAUCAGUGGCUUUAUCUUCAUUGAUGAGGAGAAGCCUAAAUACCCAACCGGGUUUGGGACAAGCUUGGGGUUUGUGGCGGCGGGGAUUGUCGCUUGCUUUGUCCUUGAGGCCGUGUAUAUAUGGAUCAACAAGGCGAGGGCAAGGAUGCCAGAAGAGGAUGUCUUUGCUCGGUAUACACUCCAGGAGUUGGAUGCCAUGGGUGACCGGUCACCGUUGUACCAGUAUACGUUGUAG